AUGCAAGCGGAAUAUUACAACUACACUGUUGAGGAGAUUAUCGAGGAAGGUAUUGAUCCAAAUGAAUAUGGAAGGGCAAGGUUUAUUUCCGAAGCCUUGAUCAUGAUGGAAAAUACGGGUGAUGAUGAGAAGGAAAAUCAAGUAAAAAAACAACCAUCAACAAUAAGAAGAGAAGAUGAUGAUGAACCAAAGUUUUGGAGGAGAAGGGACUUGUUGAUUCCUGGACAAUCAAUUCAAAUUCCUUCAAAGAUUACGACAGUGCACUUGUUGAAGGAAAAACCGAUUGAACAUCAAGAGAAAAGUGGUGAUGAUUAUGAUAAUGAUUAUGAGGAAGAUAAUGAGGAAAAGGAAAGCCAGGAUGUUGAAACAAUUAUCAAUCAAGAUCGUUGUAUUUAUAUUGGAAGUUUACUAUCCCGAACAGAAUGUAGUGAUUUGAUUGAUUCCACAUCAAGAUUGGGAUAUGCAGAAAUUGAUAAGGAAUAUCCAAAGGAAUAUCGUAAUAGUGAGAGAGUUUUGGUCAAGAGUAAGAAACUUGCGGACAUGAUUUGGUCUCGAAUUGUUCCAUUCUUGAAAAAGUCUGAUAUUGAUGGUGUGAAACCUUAUGGUUUUGAUAAUGAUGGUUGUUGGGUUCCUUGUGGAAUUAAUGAAGUAUUGAGAUUCAACAAGUAUAGUCGUGGAACUUUCUUUAAACCUCACACUGAUGCUCAAUUCGUUAGAAAUGAUAAUGAAAAAUCAAUCUUCACAGUGUUGGUCUAUUUGAGCGACUCUUCUGCAGCUACAACCCUUCUGAAAAAGGUUGGAGAGAAGAUUGAGGAUGAUAGUAUUUCCUUUGAUUUCAAAAAGUUGGCAUCCAUCAAACCAACAGAAGGAAGUGUUGCUAUUUUUAACCAUGAUCUCUAUCAUGACGGCCAAAAACUAUACUAUGGAUCAAAGUAUGUUGUGAGAAGUGAAAUCAUCUUCAAGAGAAUUGAUAAGGAUAGCAUUUAUAGAAUGGAUUAUAGAAAUAGUGAAGAAUUCAAACGAGUAAAGAACCUCAUUGAUGAUAGCUACGAGUUGGAACGUCAAGGUAAUUUAACUCAAUCCACCAUCAAAUAUAUCCAAGCUAUGGACUUGCAGACAUCCUUGUCCCACUCCAUUCAAAGAAAAUCAAAUAGAAAAUUGAGUUUUAUUGAAGAAAAUCUUCCUGAAGAGGUAUUCGUUCACAUAUUUAACUAUUUAACGGAUGAAGAAGUUUGUACGAGUGUCAUUCCUAUCAAUUCUGAAAUUAAUUCAAUUGCUAGAAAUGAAACCAUGUGGGAACAAAGAUUUUCAAAAAAGUGGGGAUCUGAAACAAUGGAAAAGUCAAUUCUUGAUAGAGUCAUUAGAUAUGAAUAUGAUGAAAAUUAUGAACCUACAAAUGAAGAGAAGAUUGAAUUUCAUAGUAAGGAAAAUGAAAUUAUCAAUCUUCUUCAAAAAGAUACUCACGAUUGGUAUAAUGCAUUUUCUUGCAGAUCAAAUAUGGAAAAAUCUUUCAAUGCUGUACUUUUAGAUCUUGGGCAGCAUACUUACAAGUAUGGAUUAGCAAGUAAUAAUGCCUAUUGGAGAUCAAUGACAGCUGUCGGUGAACCUAAUCAUCCUCACUUUUAUUUACCAUCCUAUGGAUUUGACGAUGUUAUAACAGGAGAUAGAUUUGUUCAAGCUCAAUACCAUUGUAGAUUGAACAAGUUCUUUAACUCUAAAGGAGUACCCAAGAAGAAACUGCUCAAAAUUUUCCUUUAUCAGCUCUAUAAGGAAGAUUUAAGAGUUAACUUACAAGAACACCCUCUUCUUAUGGCUGUGCCUCCUCACUGGGAUAAGGAAUACUUGAAAAAGGUGGAACAGGUUGCAUUUUCUUUAGGUAUUCCAGCAGUUCACUUUGUGGACUCGUUCAAGCUACUUGCAUUGUAUUAUCAAAAACCAACAUCCUUAAUUAUUAGUGCAACACCAAAUGGAUCGACAUGUGUACCAGUCAUAGAUUGUGAGUCUAAGACUGCAUGUAUGGAUAUGAAUGUGUUUAACAUGUACGAGGAGUAUAGGAAUAUGAAUGAAGAUAUGCGCUAUUAUGAAAUGACUUUCAGAGAGGAAGUAUCAGAAUUUUUGAAAAUUGCCCCUUGCAGUCCGAGCCAAGAUCAAAAAGAAUUUAAUGAAUUUGUACAAAACCUUGAACCUUUCGAAUGGACUUCAUACAUGGUUUCACCAAUCAAUGAAAGAGCCAAUAUUUCGGAAAUUUUCUACUCUCAUGUAUGGGAAAAUGUCCAAAAAUCAAUCACCUUAAUUCGAAAUAAUCAAUCUCUUUCCAAUAUUGAAAAAGAUCAAAUUCUAAACAAUAUUUUAAUUGUAGGUGGAUUCUCAGCAUUAACAGGAUUUAGAGAAAGAAUUAAGAAGGACAUUUUGGAAUAUCUUGGACAAGAAUACUCUCCAUCAUUUACUUUUAGAGAACAGAAGGCUGAUUAUUCUGUCAGAAAAACAGGUAUCAAGGUCAGCAUUGUUGGACAAGAUAUGGACGUAGUUGGAGGAGCUAGAAUUGUUUCCAAUCUCUCAAACUUUAGAGAAAUUUGUAGUUACAAUCAAGCAUAUAACAAGUAUUAAAUAGACAACCAUUUAUUAAAUUAUAUCAUGUAAUAUUUUCC